AUGUAUUGUGUUCUUCAAAAGCCAUUCGAUGUGAAAGAUGGCCACAAAACGUAUGCCGCCAGAUGAAAACAAAGAAAUCUUUGUUUUCAACAUAUCAACUGCGAUAAACUGCAACGGCCUGUUAUUUAAACAAAGUUUAGCUGUAGUUUAACAAAACUGCGCUCUAAAACAUCUUGAAUUUAGCCAAACCUUUUAUCUGAACUUUUGUUUUUUUGAGAACAGUGUCAAAGGGGCAGAAAGCUUAUAGUGGAAGCAAUUUAAUUCAAUGAAUCAACCCUAUUAAAGGAAAUCUCCGAGGCCCAGUGCUGGCGUGAAACCACGGUUUGGGUCAGACCCCGUGGAGAUAACCGGCCCUGACAGCUUUGUUCAGCAGAAAAUAAAAAACAGUUGUACGCUUGAUUAAACGCCAUUAAAAAGAGAUGAACUACCUUUCUGUGGAUGUCGUCAUUUUAAACGAGGUAUUUCAUUUACAAUGACAGGGGUCUGGGGGUGAAUAAAGGUACUGUUAGAAUAUUAAAAAUAACGAAGAAGAUUGGAAGAGAAAGAUUGAGAGAGGAAGAAGCGUUCUUGAACUCCAAAAGAAACUGA